UUCAGCCGUAUCAAUCAGCCCUCUUCAGCUCACCUUCUUCCUAUUCUUCUUCUGAAAUUCUCCCAAUUCUCAUGGUCCUUCUAAUCUCCAAGUCCAGGGCGGCACAGAAUCAGGUAAGCUUUUAACAUGGCGGGCCUUCAGAACCGGCGGCAGGAACUGGACCCCUCUGCUGGGGUGUUUAAACGACCCCUUAUUGACUCCGAUGACAUCAUCAUUGACAUACUGUCAAGGCUUCCAGUCAAAUCUUUACUCCGAUUUCGGUGUGUAUGCAAGUCAUGGCAUACUUUGAUCUCCGAUUCUCAUCUUGUUAGGAAGCACCUCCGCCGCGCAGUCAGAGGGGUCAAUGCUAAUAGCAGCAAGCUCCUUAUUUCAAACAGUCCUCUGUAUUCCAUAGACUACGAAGCACUGGAGGAUGUCAAUAGUUUUGUUGCAAUCGAAGAGCUUCAUUUACCAGUACCGUUAGUGCUUGACCGAAUGAGCAUUGUGGGUUCUUGCAACGGCUUGAUAUGUCUGCACGAAAACAAAGGCGACUUUUUCUUAUGGAACCCGUGUACUAGAGAUACCCUGAAGUUACCAGGAGUUACUUAUUUUCCUUCUAGUCCAAUGUUUUAUGGAUUCGGUUAUGAUUCCACCAUAGAAGAUUACAAGGUUAUAGUGGGUGGUACAUCUAGUAGUGAAAGUGAUUUGCUUACAACCACAAUCGCACUCUUUACUCUCAAAUCGGGUUUGUGGAGGACUGUCCAAGGCCUUAACUAUGUUAAAUUGAAUGGGCAGGGGUGUUUGUUAAACGAAGCUCUGCAUUGGGUAGAAUUUGAAUGGAGGUGGGAGGGCUAUUUCAAUGUACUUAGUUCAAGAAUCAUCUCUUUUGAUUUAGCAGGGGAGAAAUUUCAGGAAAUGGUGCCAUUAUCAUCCUAUCUUAGCGACCAAAAAUAUAUAUCCAUCCGUAUUGGGACGACUACAAAUUGUCUCUUUGUAUAUAUGUUCAAUCACAGCAAUUUCAGUGAUAUUGCAAUUACAAUAUGGGUUAUGAAGGAAUAUGGGGUCAAAGAAUCUUGGACUAAAAUCAUAGACAUUCCGUCGGAGCUUUUCCGUCCAUUUCAAGGAGUAUUUUUUCUGAAUCUUAUAUGUAUUUUAGAGAGCGGUGAAGUUUGCAUGAGUUAUUCAAGUGGCCUGGUAUCAUAUAAUCCGAAGGAAAAUACAUUUAGGAGUGUUCUUAGCUCGCCUGUUAUUUUGUUGCCUGAAGCAAUUAUGUACGUAGAGACUUUGGUUUCACCAGUAGUUGAAAGUUGGGCAGACAUCUGAGACCAACAGUGUUUUGCGUGAUGAGGGCGUCCCAAGGCUAGUUCAGAGACCACUUGAAAUUGCUUGGACUGGGAAAAUUAGCAAGCUAUGCGCACACUUUACUUUAAAGAAAUAUCAACAGGACCAGCCAACCCGACUUGGAAGUCGAUGAAGGAGAUGGUUACCUUUGCCAGGACCUGCUGAGUUGGAGCGAGAUCUGUUGUGGAAAUUCCAUGUUAGAGAUUUUAAGUAUAUCCUUUGUAAAGUUGUUGAAGAUGAUGGACAAGGUUGAAGAGCAUUGUAAUGUGUUUGGUCUACAAUUUCCCUCCUACUUGCAUCGCAAGGUUUUUGGAACUGUAUGUCGUAAAAAAUAAAAAAAUUCAUCAUUGGGCCC